UCGCUUUCUACUUCUGCAGUUCUGCGUCUUCUUCGCUCCCGAUCAAAACCUUCUCUCCAGAUCGUCGCUGUUUAUCUCUGCGUUGGUAUUGUAAUCGGAGCAAUGGCCCGUACCAAGCAAACGGCCCGGAAGUCUACCGGCGGAAAGGCUCCUAGGAAGCAACUCGCUACCAAGGCUGCUCGGAAAUCUGCACCUACCACAGGUGGUGUGAAGAAGCCCCAUCGUUACCGCCCUGGAACAGUUGCCCUCCGUGAAAUCCGCAAGUACCAGAAGAGCACUGAGCUUCUCAUCAGGAAGCUGCCAUUCCAGAGGCUAGUCCGAGAAAUAGCACAGGAUUUCAAGACAGACUUGCGUUUCCAGAGUCACGCAGUUCUCGCCCUCCAGGAGGCUGCAGAGGCGUACUUGGUUGGUCUGUUUGAGGACACAAACCUUUGUGCCAUUCAUGCCAAGAGGGUCACCAUCAUGCCCAAGGACAUUCAGCUUGCCAGGCGCAUCCGUGGAGAGCGUGCUUAAGUGAUGAUUUUGACCCCCAACCACCACCAUAUGAUAGGUUCUUUAGAUAGAGUCUAGAACAUUGUUCUGUUUUCACAUUCUGUUUAGUUGAAUGAUACUACAUAUAUGUUGAUUACAGUCGACUUCGUUCAUGCAUUCUCUUUUGGUUGUUUACAUUGCCAUUCUAUCUUUUGGGGUGAUAAAUACCUGAAACGGCUGAGGACGUAAACUGAGUCUCGACGGAAUGAAUCCCAACAUUAGAAAAUAUGAGAAACUCAACUUUAAAAAGGAAAAAACUUUGAAGGAAAAGAUCGAGUCACAAGAGGUCUCUAAUGCUAAUGUUAUGGUCGCUACCAUCGCUAAGGCUUGCCGCCGUCUCGUUAGUUCUUCAUCCUCCGCCCGUGGACGGGACGACGCAAGGAUUACUUCCGCGCUUGUCUGAUCGAAGAUGUUUUUGCUACGAAUAUUCCAAUAAAGAUUUACAUUGAAU